AAUUGCAGUAUUUGCAACGAGAAAAAUAAAUAUGUAAUUGCAUUCGUCAAUUAAAGAAUAUCAAGUGCAAAACUAGUGCAAAGCAAUAAAAAUGCCACACAACAAAUUGCAACGCAAGCUCAGCGAGACGCUUGCCAGCAUGGCAUUGGAUAGCACGCUAGACUCGCGCAUGUCCAGCGCCGAAAUACCGCAAAUGGAAUUGGCUCAAGGUGAACUAUUGCAACAGUGCAAGGAAGUGCGUAUGCCACGACCAACUGCUGCAACGGCGCAACAAAAACGCCACUCACUAAUGGCUGUGUGCAAAUAUCCAGGCUACAAGGAAGCUGUCGACAACAGUCCAGUCAGUUUGGGGCCAAAGCAAUAUAAACAAUCAAAGUAAAGCAAUGUAGGCGCGAUCAAUGCACCACAACGCGCCGCACCGCUUAAAGCAAUAUGUCACAACGCUGUAAAGCAACCACUGCCGCCGCCCCACAAUGAGUCGUGGAAGUUUUUACAACAUCAAUUGCCGCAGGUAAAAUCAACAUACCAACAAACUCCAACAAAGCUGGCGUGUACUUCCCCUCCUCCUAAAUUGCGAGCAGCAAAGCCAACACAUGCCACUACUACCGCCAAGAAAGCUGCGCACGCCGACGAUCAAGAUUACGUGGAUGUACAGUCUUGCUGCAACUCCCUUGCGAAUCUGCUGACGUCUACUGCCUCUUCGGAUGAUGAUGUGGAUGACGCUUCUACUAUAUACCCUGAUUGCGAGAAAUCACAUAGUUGGAAUUAUCGUGCGCGCUCUCCCUGUGAUAUACGCCGCGAUAUUGCACGCGCUGGUAUUAAGUCGCGCGACCGUAUAGCGCGUAUUGAACAAACCGAUUGCGAUCCUCACAAACAGCAAAGCACAGCAGUUAGUGCUGCUUCUGAUGAUAAGCAUGCUUCAGCACCGACCGGACAGCAAUGCGGUGGCAAGCCAAUACCGGCAGCUGUAACGCAAAUUAAUCGUCUCUUCGAACAAGCUAAACGACCGGAACAGCGGCGAUCAACAAACAACAUCGCGCGCCAGCACCGCCGCAUCAAGUAAUGCAUUACUGCACAAACUAGCAUAAUAGCGCAACCAUUACGGGCUGCGCAACCCCCAUAAAGGAACCAAUAUGCGUAUGCGCGCACGUGAAAGUUGCCGCGCAUUGACGAGCGUGAGAACCGUUUAAGUAUCAGCGCGACUAGUGAUUGCUAUGACUGUGUUUUGGAAAGUAAUGUCGCAAGUGAAGAUCAAAGUGCGCUUACCGCUGAUGUAUUGCCAAUGCGCGCGUCACCUGAACAACGGCAACAAGUGUCGCGCAUACCAAAACCCAUAAGUGAAGCGCUGCAACAACAACAACCACAACAGCGACACUCUACCAGCUCCGCGCUUUACAAUGAAGCAAAUGUGCAACUGCAACGGCGCAUACGCCAAAUGUUUGAUCAUGAGCAGGAGCGCACACACCAGCUGCAGCGACAAGUUACCGACGAGUUUCGCAUGCAAUGCGGUGAGAAAAUAAAACUGCGCGCCACCAAAUCGACCGCAUUCGAAGCGACAAAAACCUGAACGUGGAAUAUGGAUAAGUCUGAAAGCUAUGAGCUCGAUAAGCACUUGUCAAAACAGACGCGUCAGCAUGUUUCCACAAAUUUUCAAAAGAUCAAAUGGAGCGCGUACAUAUACGUAAGAACGGCAGCCGUGCUGAUAAUUAAUCAGCUCAAUGAGUCAACUGAUAAUAACGAUAGAACAUUCGAAGAAAGAGCGCACGAAAUGAAUGAAAUGAAUUAAGCGUCACAUAAGCUAUCGAAGGAGGGCACUUCUAAGCACCACGACGCCAGCCGACGCACAUGCGGCUACAAGAAUUGCACCUUCACCAACUGUCCCAUGUCGGCCGCGAGUAACAGAGGUAGCAGCAGCAGCACGAGUACACCACAGCAAUCCGAUGAGGAGUUAUACGCGCAACGCCUAUCGCUCGAGAGUUGCUGCUCAGACUCUGGCGUUUCCUCUUCCACCGAUGUGAAGAGCGCAAAACAAUGAAAACAAAUGAAGAAUAUUGAGAAAUGCGCAGACUGUGUGAAAAUACCACACCAAACAAGCGCUGACACAACCGUAAUGCAACACAAGCUGAAGCUAUCCAGCACUGCGCCAGUGCCAAUUGAGGAACUGGAUGGUAACUUGAAGAAGGAGGGACAAAUUAAGAUACGCGUCGGAAAGCGUCUAGGCGAUCCAAACGAUUUACAAAAUUUUGCAAAAAAAAUCUCACGAAGGCCACUACGAUGAGCUAUGACUGCAGCGUGGCGAAAACAACUUGUGCAACAAAGUAGGGCUGUUGAUAAGUUGUCUAACCGGACUGUGGCCGCAAGCGCCAGCAAUGCCGCCAACCAAACCAAACAAUGCAACAUCGAAAAUGACCUCAAAAUCAACGAACAGCGUAUUUACAAUAACACGAGUUGCUGUAACAGCAACAACAAUAAUCACAGCUGUGGUGGCAGCAAAAUCAACGGUAGUGAACGCAAACCGUUAUGUGCUACAACAAUAACAAUCGAUGAUAAUUGGUUGCAAGAUCAACAAAAUACCUUUGAUGCGGACUCGUUGAUGGUGCCACCAUCGCCACCACUACGCAUUUCAUCCAAAGUGGCGAGCGCGCGCCAACCGUAUACAAGUAACAACAACAGUAAAUACAGUCACAGCGUCAUUGGUGAUAACGAUAAACAUAGUGUAAAGAUUUUCGUGCGCAGUUCCACAAAUAGCGGCGGCGUGGGCGUCAAUCCUGCGCGCGCCUCAUCCGUAUCUAUGUGCUCAUACACUUCGCAGACCUCGGGCUGCUCAAUGAAUUCAGAAGCCUCCGCGCUCACUAACGCCAGCAAAGCGUCAACCUCCGGCAGCUCCUACACAACGAUUUCGAGUAGCGCUUCAAGUACUGAAGGCAUAUGUAAUUGUCGGCGAGUGAACCGCAACGCCAACGCAGUCACACCAAAAGAGCUGGACGAAAGAGUAGAUGAAUGUGAGCAUACCGACUACUAUUGCAGUCUAGAGCACAUGCGGAAAGCAGGUGUUUUUUAUAAUCACAUCUCAGGUGCUGCUAAAAGUAGCCAUGGCGCACAGAGCGACACGUUGCGCGUAUGCGCCUCCUCACCAACACCCUCGAUGGGCACCUUCAGUGUGGUUAGCUGCGUUGCAUGUGGCGAUGAGCGUGAGCAGCAAGCAAAAAGCCGUCAAAGCGGUGGCAGCAGCGGUCCCAUUGAUGGCGUCUUCUGGAAUAACUCAUAUUUUCAGCAGGACGCUGAUGUAACUUUAGAGAGCGCUAGCAAUGCGGCAUAUAAAAAGAGCACCUUAGCAGGCGGCGCGCCAGCAACAGUUGAACACAGCGAACCGAGUAGCGAUGACAACGAGCAUUGUUGCUGCAGUCUAACAAGCUGCGAUGAUGACAACUGUUCUUAUUAUGAGUGCGGUGGCAAUGCGCAGACGGAUGAUGAUCAUUGCGUGUCGCGGAUCGAAGUACACGCCAGCGUACACACGCCAAGUGGCGCUAGUGAAAGUAAUAAUGACGACUAUGAAGUAGCAGCAGACGAUAAAAGUAAAAGCGGCAUGAACUCAAAUGACGUUUGUAAUUGUGACGCGCGGCACUACUGUGCUGAGGAUACUAACGCAAAAGAUAAAUAUGCGCUCGAGGUAGAACGACAGCGUGUACGGGAGCUCGAGCGAUGUGCCGCGCGCCAACAGCAACAGCAGGAACAGCAGUGGUUGCGGCAGCGCAUGCGCGAACGCGAACGGCAAAUGCAAUUCUUACGAAAUAGCAGCGCUGAAGAGAUAUUGAUACGCAACAAAAAGUUGUUGAGAAAGGCUGAUCUAAUACAUGAAUUUCGACCGAGAUCGAUGGAUGGUGUCAUUGACUCAUCUUCGGGCUCAUUAAAUGGUGAUACCACCGGUUCAAGUCCAGAUAGUGCGAGUCAUUUACAAAAUCAGCAGGACGCUGAAGCGCGACGCGUACAUCGAGGUCAUGUACUCACCGAAUUACUAGAAACAGAACGGAUUUAUGUAAAUGAAAUGGCCUCUAUUCUAAAGGGUUAUCGUGAUCAAAUGCUAUCUGAAGAAAUGAUUCUUGUACCCGCUAGCCUGCAAGGCAAAGAGGAUAGUUUUGGCAAUUUACACGAAUUAUAUACGUUUCAUAAUGAGAUAUUCCUUAGGACUGGAAAAUUGUAUAUCUACAACGAGUUGGUGGCGCUGUGUUUUGUUCAGCGGCGUGACACCUUCUAUCGUUUGUUCUUCUACUGCCAAAAUAUCCGCGCCCGAUCGAUUGCGCGAAACGCCUCGUUGAUACAUCUCUUCCUGCAGGAAUGUAAGCGUUUGGGACACAAACUGCCAUUGGGCGCUUAUCUGUUGAAGCCCGUGCAGCGUAUUAACAAAUUACUGCUCGAGAAUUUGCUCAGCUCCAGCGAUAGCGGCAGCUGUACCAAAGAAUUGCAAACUUUAGAUUGUAUGUUGAUUGUGUUGCGUUGUGUGAACGACUCGAUGCAUCAAGUGGCUAUAACGGGAUUCCUCAGCAAUCUUUCGCAACAAGGCGAACUGCUGCUGCAGGAUCCCUUCCAAGUGUGGACUGAGUCGAAAAAGGAUUUGCGACUACGCAAGAAACCCAACAACGACACAUAUUCUCUAUCAAAAUCGAUGAUAUUUUGUAAGAAAAUCAAACCCGGCCACAAUAAGAGCACUUAUCAGUUCAAGCAUCAACUAAAGAUGUCACAAAUCGCUCACGAAUCGGUGCGCGGCGACUCAACUCGCUUCGAAGUCUGGUUACAAGGACGCAUACACACGAUACAAGCACCAGGCGAAGAGGUUAAAAUGUGGGUCACAGAAAUCAAACGUCUGCUACUCAACCAGCUGGAAGAGCUGAAGGGUGAGAAAAUCAAACAGUAUAGCAUGAAUCAUCAUGGCCUCAGACACACACGUCAGGAUACGCCCAACAUAUUGCUGGGCACGCAACGCGCCGUGAGCUGUGAUGCAUCUUCGGAAUCUUCGAAUCGCAAUUCUAACUGCAGCAGUAGCGGUGAUGAUGCUCAUCCGCACGAUCCGCAACUGAGCACAACAACGGGCAAUGGACACGCGCAUGCGCAUGGUAAUGGUGGUAGCGGUGCGGAACAACAGGAGGCAUGCGGCUGGAGCUCGGACUACUCGAAUAGUGAGGAUGAAAUGUCAAUAAUCGAGGAUAAUAGGCGCCGGUAAGGCAGUAAAUUUGUUGCCCUUGCCGAUUAUACGGCUAUGGGACACUCGGAGGUCUCAAUGCGCGAAGGUGAUGCGAUUGAAUUGUUGAAGGUGGGCUGUGCCGGCUGGUGGUUUGUGCGUGUUUUAGAAACCAAUGCAGAAGGUUGGACUCCAGCGGCAUAUUUGGAACCGCUCAAUCGAAAAUCUUCUCGAAGCUCGAGCCGCAAUCAGGAGCGAAUAAAUUUAACUAAAUGCGCUGAAUAAAUUAGCAAACAACAAAAAUUCAUUAAGCGGAAAUUAGUACAAGCGGAAAGCGGAAAUAACGGGCCUUUUGGAAAUUUUUGCAGCA